AUGCCUGAAGAAAAGAAACAAAAAAUUAUUAAUGAAGUAAAAAAUUUGGCAAAACUGGACUCAGAUUUUGUGGUAAAGUAUUUUAACUCAUGGCUUGAGUCCAAUCAUCUCUACAUUCAAAUGCAAUUCUGUUCGCAAAAUCUUCGAUCGCUUCUCAAAGACAAACCCAUUGUCUUCGAGAGACAACCGGAAGACCACAUGAAUAAUGUGUUCGAAGAGCUCUUAGAGUGUGUCCAAUAUCUACACGAAUGCAAACCUCCAGUCAUUCAUCGGGAUCUCAAACCCGAUAACAUAUUAAUUGAUCACAACUUUACGUCCAAUCGGUUUAUAAAACUGUGUGACUUUGGUUUGGCCACCGAUCACGACAUUAAUAAGCAAACUCCAAGUAACGACCAUACGUUAGGUGUGGGCACUUUGACCUAUAGUUCACCCGAAGUAUACCAUUAUAAGCAAUAUAACCACAAAACAGACAUUUAUAGUCUCGCAUUAAUCGCCGAACAGAUCUAUAGUAUUGAUCCACAAAUUUCGCAUUCGUCUCAAGCAAUUGAAUCCGAGUUUAAAAAACUUUAUGAUAAUCUUAUCCAGACUUUGCAGUCAAUGCAGUCGAGUCCUGACUAUAAGCAAAGGCCUGAGUGUCGGGAAGUGUUGGCCAAACAUAACGAGUGGGCUAUUGAUAAGACACAAUAA